UGGAUGCACUUUCGCUAUAUGAAUCGCGGACGAGCUGUCAUUUAAGUGUAAUUUCAAUAACGUCAGUGGUCGGAGAGCUGGGAUAUGAUAAUCUUUGAUCACCGGUAGGUCGUUUCGAUCGGAUUCACCACCGUCGUCAUCGUACAGCCAGCUAUAUCCAAAACCAUUCCAACAUAAUUCUGUAGAAGAGAAACCGCGGGUGUGGUUAUUCCCUAUACUGUGAUUGGGCCCCAGAAAAGCGGCGCUCUCAUGGCUACCGCUUGCCGCGUUGGCAGCUGAUAUCGGAGCCCGUCUAGUGGCAAGUCAACACAAUGGCGGCACAGAAUGGAAGUGACGGAAUCGUCAUUGCUGGGAUGUGUGUUGUAUUUUACAUGCCCUUGUGAUAGCACUCUUAGUUCCAUGAACGAACAUAAAUAAUCUUGGUAAUAAAACUCUGAAUAGUGCGACAUGUUUGUCGACUUGAUCGAUGAUCGAAAUAUCGGGUGUUCACUCACCAGCUCGUCGUCCGCUUGUGAGGUUAGAAGGACAAAGCUCGUCGAAUCAUUGGUAAUCGCUACCGACAGUGAUUGCCUUAUAAAAUUUUCAAUAUAUCGUAAAACAGAUGUAUUGAUUGAUGCUAUGCAAGGUGAUCAAGUUCGUCGAAUUCGCGAAGCAAUCACGAAAACAAACGCCGAACGAUCCAACACUACUACCCGGAUUUCACAAAAGGAUGCUUUCCCUCCUGGCACGCCACAAACUUGGGGUUCCUUUCCAAUCCUACUCGGCUAUAAAACCUGUAACAAAAUCAGAGAGAGGAAAACUUUCCAAGAUGGAGGUCUCCCGCUGAUACUGUUCGUCAUUACAAGUUGCAGGUGAAAUGAAGUCAACAAAUUCUUUGGCUCUUUCCAUGUAAAGUCACGAAAGAAUUCGGUUUCUCUUCUGGGACUUCACAAACGGAAAGCUCCUCUCCAAUCCUACCCGCCGACAAAAGUUCCAAAUGACCGAAACGGUGGAAGACUUUUCAAAACAAAGAAGGUUUACGUCCAAUGAGGUGCGUCGUCAACUGCAGUCAAAUCACUUACUGGCCACGCACCCGGCAGUUGUCGGUAAGCCAACUAUGACGUUUGCCUGCCAUUGGUACUUACCAUAUCGCUUCAUCACAACUAACACAUUCCUUUGUCCUAGAAGCAUACUGAUUUUGAAAGAUUCAUCAGCACUUGUUCUAUUGCUUCAGUCCAAGAGUUCCUUUCCAGAGACCAUCUUCGAGCAAAUUGACGAUGAAAAAUCCGGAGCUCCCUUCCACAUCACCCGAAACCAACUAGUCUUUCUCCUGGCACAACACUCACGAAAAACCUUUUCAAACGCGAUCCCACUAGGGGACGAGAGCUGUAGCGAAUCGAAAGGUAAACAACUUUCCAAAACGUAGGUUUCUUUGACAAGAAUCUUGCUUCAAUAGCUAGAUCGAGUUCUGGUCGCCGAAUGUGACUCAAGUAUGACGUUCAUCACUCUCUUAACCCUUUGUACAAAUCCGUAAUGACUAACACCAUCCUCCUUCCUACCAGCAUACUAAUAUCGAUGGAAGAAUCGGUUCCCGUUCUAAUACCGCAAACCAAGAGUUCCUGCACCCUUAAACAAACCGAAGAUGAAAAAUCCGGAGCUCCCUUCCACGUUACAUGAAAGAAGACAGUCUUUUGUCUGGCACUUUACAAAAUACUUCUACAAAUGUACGCGCUGAUCUAAGCUGUGGCUGAAUGCAAUAGUGGACGAUUCCUGAAACCCUCAUUCAUAACCGAUGGCUGAUCGCCGUCUCGUUGUUACCUAGGGACCUUAGAUUGCGCUCAAUCAAGCAUAUUUUUCAAAUGCUCAUGCGUUACAAUAUAUUAGCAUAUACGUCAAUGCGUCACGCUGAAAAUGGUGCAUCGAUUAACGUUCUUAGUGACGAGAAUGAAAUGCAAAUUGUGAAAUUCGUGUGAAGAUUCGUAGACUCAGUGUUUGUAUACGUAAUCUAUGUUAGUAUUAAGAACACCAUCUAUCAUGAGCUAAUGUCAACGAUAUAUAAGUGUGAAAUGCGCAUUUAAAUAGAGUAUUUUUCAUAAGAUUUUUCGUCGUACGUAAAAAGCAUCAUAACAAUUGAUCUAUAGGAUGAUACCAGUGAUCACAGUCCAUGGUAAAAGAAAGACAUUCGCAAUAAAAGACACUAUCAAUGUUAGUUUCAUUUAUGGUAUCAUUGCAUUGUAAUUGUCACAGCUGUCCUUGUAGUCUCCUCAAGGUUAGGGGAAGUCAUAAGAACAAUAUGUAUUAUUUACUGUAUCCUUAUACGGCUGCCCCUGAAUACUUGCUCAGUGAAAAGUUGAUGGAGUCACUUCUCAUGUAGUAUCAAUCUGAGAAUUUAGUGCGGGUAGAACAGUUACCAUAUCACUACUGCAUCUUUUGAAAAUUCAAAUGCCAACUUUGAUCAUCUUCUGAAAACAAAAGCAUCGAAUAACAGAAGCCAAAUACAAAUCGAAACAUGUCCCUACUCAAUUGGAGCAGGAGUCAGAAAAUGGAUUCGUUACUCAACCUGUCAUGUGUCUGUCUUAUUCAAAUAGGACACAUUCUCCAAAGCAUAGGAAACCGACCUGCGAAGUAAUUAAUCGUUGAAUUGCAAAGGCAUAGUACUAUACCGAAUCUCUUGAUAUCUGCUAAGCUUAAUCGUGAUGGUAACUAAAUUUUUUUCAACCCAUCAAAUAUCUUACAACAAUAGUAUACAAACGUAACCAUAAUCAAUACUACAAUAUUCUUCAACAACAUACAAAAAGUUAUCAAAUCCCCCCAAAAGGCACCUACGGUGCAAAAAAGUUCGCCAAGUACAUUAAAUGUUAAAGGAAUAACUACUACUCAAAUAUCUUUAAUGACAAAAAAGGAAAAAUUCAUUAAUAAUUCGAAAAAAAGGAUCCAAAUCAAUUAUUGUGCCAAGUACAUGUAACUUUGCAUCAUGCACAGAAGUACUAGAGAAGACUGGAAUGAACAUACAACGAACAAUAAUACCAAGUGUAAAAAUAUAGAAUUAGAGAAUGAAUCAAUUAAAAUCAAUUCGAAGAAUAAAUAAAAAAAAAAACUGAAUUAAAUUGAAUUAAAUUAAAAAUAAAAAAAUAAAAACUUGCAGGCAGUGGGACUUGGCGAGCUUUUUCGGAAAAAAAAAUUCGGAAUUCUAGUAUGGCAAUAUAACAUUAGCUCGCCAAGAACCACGUACUCCAAGUUUUUAUUUUUUUAUUUUUAAUUUAAUUUAAUUUAAUUCAGUUUUUUUUUUUUUUUUUUUUUUUAUUUUUCGAAUUGAUUUUAAUUGAUUCAUUCUCUAAUUCUAUAUUUUUACAUUCGGUAUUAUUGUUCGUUGUAUGUUCAUUCCAGUCUUCUCUAGUACUUCUGUGCAUGAUGCAAAGUUACAUGUACUUGGCACAAUAAUUGAUUUGGAUCCUUUUUUUCGAAUUAUUAAUGAAUUUUUCCUUUUUUGUCAUUAAAGAUAUUUGAGUAGUAGUUAUUCCUUUAACAUUUGAUGUACUUGGCGAACUUUUUCACACCGUAGGUGCCUUUUGGGGGGAUUGACAAUAGUGAAGAACACAAUGAAAAUCAGGCAAUCACCAAAAUUCGUGAGAUUGAUGAAAAUUGUGAAACUCAGCAAAAUUAGGAUAACGAUGAAGAUCGCCAGAUCAACAGAAAUUGUGAAAUAGCCGGAAAUGACGGGAAAUACAAAAGUCAUAAAAUUGACGAAAAUUAGAAAAUCGACGGAAAUCACAGAAACAAUGAUGUUAGAAUAUCGUAUUCAACGAUUCUGCAGCGCACUGCGCAACUUGUCGCGCACGCGACAAUUCCCUUUUGUAGGGGCUAACACCACUACAAUUAAAUGUACAUGUAUGCAGAAUAGAAACGUUUAUGUUUAUUGUAAUAAGUAAUAACGGGAACAAUGAUAGUUAUGCACUUUUGAUAUGUCUGAGUCCCGUGGUCGUUAGGUACAUUGUAGAGUUUCGUAAGCCUAAUAUGAUAAAUAUAAUCUCAGGGGUACCACUAGCACCGGCCCGUGCGGGGAGCGGUAGUUGGUAGCAUUGUUGAGCGCCUAGUUCCAUUUGUGUAUUGAGUAUAAUGUGUGUGUGAGUGUUGUGAUUGACUGUGUGUGUUCACCCCCACACUUUUUCUUUCACUCGCGACACCUCUGUUAUCUGCUAACAAUG